UGUUCACCAUAAGACUUUGUCGAUCCCGUGUUAUGAGGGAUCUAUUAUCAGAUACUACGGUAGCCGCCAUUCCUGUCAGAACGAUUUCACAAGUGAACCGCGCUGGUGGUGGUGAAUCUAUCACCAAGCUUGCCGCCCACUUGCUCCAAUUGCGGCUCUUGGAUGAUCUAUCACUGAGAAUCUUUCGCCCAGAGUUCUAGUGAGAGAUACUGACUUUAUGGGAGAUUAUUCUUUGAACAUUUCUAGAUCCCCCGGUCUGAUCCUGCCAACUGUGAGCUUAAACGAGCGUCCCCAUGACGUCCUUUCAACAGUCAGGCAAGACUGCCCCCCGUCUUGUACAAGAUAUAUGCGACUAUGAUCCUGCUCAACUGCCAGCUACCGGCCGCAAUCUGCUCGCGGACGUCCCUCCAGUGUUUCCCGAAUACUAUAAUGGACCGCUAGAACACAUCUCCACAGCCGCGUGCCGCCACAACUUUGUUUCGAAGCCUGCCCAGAGUUAUGUACCUCAGCCGGAGCAAGGCAACACGGGGGCCCCUACCAAGGUCUCAGCCAUUUGCUCGAGGUGCCGUUAUCACUUGCAGGUUGUUGUGAGCUCUACACCCGGCAUUGGCCAUCCUAGCUCAAGAUUUUCCGACCACGUACACCAUCUGGUAUAUAAGUCCGGAAACUACAGAGGCGGCCCGGCCCCGGAGGAGGUUAGCUCCAAAGGACAGAUGCUGGAGACAUUCCACUAUGAAUGUUCAUACCUUACUUGCUCCAUCGCAGUAUCUGUACGGUUUGCCUCACCUCUCCUAAAUGAGGACCGAACUCGACUGUUAGUCGACCCCAAACUCCUGCGGGAGCGUGCGGACGAAGCAUUUGCAGCCCACCCCGACCGUCUGGAAGGGGUUGCUCGGCCCCAGCCUAUUAAUGUCUUAAUGAACUUGCGUGCAUAUGUCAGUCAUGCCCUUCUUGAUAGUCAACAAAGCAAGUCAAUCUCGGCAGUUAAUAAGAGAUUCAUGACGUGCUUUGGAGUUGAAGGGGAGCCUUGCAGAGACCUGUUAGAAUUCCUAGGAUUUAGCACCAAGAACGAAGGCUUUUGGGAACCUCCUCGACCGAACCCCUGGGCAGAGUUCCCCUACCGCGACCAACUCAAGAUAUUUCUCGAUGACGUUAUGCACGAACUUGCCGCGCUCAUAGAACAAAGGCCUGUGAUAGAAAAGAAGGGUCACCAGCUAGAAUUCAAUCGUCAACCAGUGUACAAUGAUCUCCUAUAUGCCCUGGAGUCUUUGGACUACCCGAAAGCCUCACGUUCGAAUGAUUUCCAGAUGGCUCCUGCACCUUACUAUGAAGACCUGGGUGUCGUCGAAGACAUGGCGGCUUCUUCAAUCGUAGAUGCCUUCAAUCGGCAGGUGUCGGUGGAUCCUGCCAGGGCGCCCAUUUACCUUAAGUGUUUAAAGUCGAUCGGAAGCCUCAGAGGUGGAGAAGAUGGUGCUCUCAUAGAGCAGGCAGUUCAGGUAGCUUAUGCGGAGGGAAAAUACACCGAUGAAGACGUCGUGGAUGCCUACAAGUACUUCGGUCUAAGUCACAACGACCAGCGACUCACUGAAGACAGCAUCAUUGGAAAAUUUUAUGCUUAUCUAGGUGCAACUACUGCUGUUCAGGAGAUAGAGACCCGCAGACAACUAUGGAGGAUAGGGGAUAGUAGGCGGAGUGAGCGAAUCAAGGCAGCAGCGGAAGAAAGGGUUUCAACCGUUGACCAGGCCCAUGUUUUCCUCGGCGUCAGCGCUGAUACUUCUGAUGACUUUGUUAUGGCGGUUUACACUACCAAGGUCGAUGACAAUCCAUCGAGCCGGGAUCUUGCUCGCCGUGCAGUUCAGCUGAUUGCCGAGGCGCGAAAAUCGGAGGCCUUGAAACAUUUUCUUAAGACAGGCGAAAUGACUGCUGGUGAGAUGGAUGUUGCUGAUGCCUACCGUCUUCUUCAGAUACCUGACCGAACCGUGGAUGAGGGGGCGAUUAUGGCCGCAUACACGAUUUGUGUGGAUGAAGCUCCAGCACAGGCUGAAACCUACAACCAGGCGUUACGAAUCAUUGCAAAAGAUAAGAACAGCCCUUUGUUAAGCAAUAUGGUUUCUGGUUCCGUCACGAAACCUGACCGUGACUUGUCGGAAUGGCCAGUCGGAUUGCAGAACAUUGGCAACACCUGCUACCUCAACAGUCUGUUGCAAUUUUAUUUUUCCAUCCGUCCUUACCGUGACAUGGUUUUGGAUUUUGAGAACUUCAAGAUGGAAAUCAACGAGGACACUUUGAGCAACAAACAGGUGGGGUCUCGCAAAGUAUCCAAAAAGGAGGUUGAGCGAUCUCAACGGUUCCUUGGACAACUGCGGUCCUUGUUUAACGACAUGAUCACUGCUACAACAACCUAUGUCAUUCCUAGUCAAGAGCUGGCGCGAUUAACUUUGAUUAGCCCUUCUAACGAAGCCGCGAUUCGUCGCCGAUCGACGAUAUCUGGAAUUAGACCUAGCGCCCUUGGGGACAUCAAUGGUAUGCCAAUUAUGGGACCACUUGGACCCCCACAGCCGACUCCGGAAAGUGAAAGCAAGGGGCCUAUAGCUCUCGAACCUGAGAAACCGCAACGCUCAACGACAAGCGAUGUUGAUAGCGAGGCAACUCUUGUUUCUGAUGGUGCUAAAGUCGAUGUCACAGUCCCUCCUAGUGACGACAAAGAAACUGAGCUCGCUCGCACAGAUUCUGCGGAGACGGCGAUACAGGGCGAAUCAACCUCCGAGGUAGAUGAGCAGCAGUCAUCUGAUAAAACAGCUUCUGACCAAAAUACGCCAUCAACUCAACCCCCUCCGGUGCCUCCACGACCUGGCCCACAACUCAACCCACAAAAGCAACUUUUAGACGAGGUUGAGAUCGGGGCCCAGCAGGACGUGACAGAAGUAAUCAACAAUGUACUUUUCCAAAGUCAAUGUGCCAUCAAGCCGAUCUCGCUUGCUUCGGAUGGUGAGCAGCUUGAUCAGGUGAAAGACUUGUUUUACGGUAGAGCCAAGUCCUAUAUCCAAACGGGAGAAGGAGUGCGGUCAAAGGAAGAAUGGUGGUGUGAUAUCAAGAUCGACGUCGCGUCUGGAUCGCGCGAUAUCUAUGCUGCAAUUGACGGGGCUUUUGAUGUCCAGAAAGUCAGCGUAGAAAAUUCGGUGGCGGAACAGUUCAGCGCUAUCAGCAAACUACCGCCUGUUCUUCAAGUCCAGGUCCAGCGUGUCCAGUUCGAUCCUGUCAAGAAGCGGUCCUUCAAGUCUACCCACCACUUAGAAUUAAAGGAGACUAUCUACCUGGAUCGGUAUAUGGACACCCAGCAACCUGAUAUUUUGAAUCGUCGUCGCCAGUGCUGGGAAUGGAAAAAUACGCUAAGAACGCUUGAGGCUCGUCGAGCAGAGUUGCAACGCCAAAGGGAGGCUGAUGGCCUUGAUAUACCGAGCUUGUUCGACAGUGCCAGGGAAGUGCUAGAAGACCUGAACUCUAUGAAGGAUGACCCUGAGACCGCGCCAGAUGCGGUUCCUGUUAAGUCGGAGCUUAUACCUGAACUCAAUCAACUUUCUCAGAUAGCGAGGGCAGAGCUGACUUACAUCGACCAAGAGAUCAAGGAUAUACAGACCAUGAUCUCCAGCCAGUUUGCUGACUACAAACAUCUGGCUUAUCGUCUCUACGCCGUCUUCGUUCACCAUGGCUCCGUCGAAUUUGGACACUACUACAUCUACAUCUUUGAUUUCGAACGAAAUGUUUGGCGGAAGUACAACGAUAACUACGUUACUGAAGUACACGACCUAGAUGAGAUAUUUAUGAAACAGAACCGCCAGAACCCUCCCACCCCAUACUUCCUGGUAUAUGUCAAUGACACCUUGAAGGACCGUUUAGUCAGUCCUCUUUGCCGGGAGAUACUCGAGUCUGCGCCAGAGGAUCAACAGGGCGCAGAUGAGGCAUGCGUUACGGAAGGGGUUGCUGUGCCGACACCAGCAGAAGAUGUGGAUAUGGGCCCACCGACAUAUGAUGAAAUAUGGACUGACAAAGGCACAUCAGGUACGGAAGACAACCAUCACAUAGAAUAUAGAAUGCGUGCCGCAGAUGUAGAACGCAGCGAGGCUCCUGACAGAGGGCCAUCAAGCAAAGACACUGACUUCCAUGAUGUGCAACGGUAGGCUCUGAAACGACAUUACCGACCGGUGUCACUACCCCGAAUCCAUUGAAACGGAAAGGGCGAGAUGACGUAGCUGGUUCAACCAGCUAAGCUGGAUGGUCCUCUGGGUAGCGACAUUUGAUGGCGAUCCUAUACCUGGCGCGCUCUAUUUGAUAAAUCCUGUGUCAUAAAACAUUCCUUUUUUGUACAGACGAGGUUUGACGAUGUUGACUUUGAAGUGAAGGCAACGGAAAUGCCUACUGAUCAACAGCACCCAGAUGACCUGUUCGCCCGGAAAGUGCUCGAUGCCAGUGCGGACUCACCUGGUUCGACCCAUUUUUGAUACAUCGAUUUCCAGGGCCCCAGGCCUUCCCUGUGACCAUGCAAACCUCGAGAAUUAAACCCCUUGAACACGCAUUUCCAGGAUCUUCAUUUAUGACUAUGAUGUGCAACGUCAUUUAAAUAAAUCGAGUGUCUGCUUUGCUUGUACUUUAUCCGCAUCGAUAAGUGCUUAGUAAAUCAGCGGAUCUGAUGCGGGCCGCGGAUCGGAACCGGAAGAUUCCCUGCCAUCGGCAGUCCAUGUCGGUAGUGCAACAUGUUGCAUCAGUUCCUCAAUAUUGAUUCAUUACGGAUCAUAUGAUUUAGCAUUGAGGCAAG